AUGGCCCUCGCGUCGCCGCCGCCGUGGUGGCUCACCACGGACGCCUGCGACCUCCCCUCCGCACCCGCCGCGAGGCUAGGGGAAUGGGCCGCCUUCCUCUUCCUCUCCACGUGCUCGCAGCGGAUGCUCCUCUCCGCCGCGUCCGCGGUCUUCCUCGUCGCGCUGCUCUGCCUCGGCGCCGCCAAACUCAUCUCCACACGGCGACGACGCCAUGCCCUCAACGGCGAAGACAAGCAGCCGCUGCUGGACAGGGACGGGGUCCACGGGGACCGGGGGCGGGCCGUGGUUGUUCGGGUCGGCGCCGGGUUCGUCGUCGCGCUGGCUGCGUCCGGUGUCCUCGCCGCGUUCUACGCCGUGCUGCUCGUCCUUUCCCUGGUCAACAGGGGCGGCGAGGCCCUGGAGGUGGUGUUCCUGGCGCUGCAGUGCGCGGCGCACCUGGCCGCCGCGGCCGUCGUCGCGCACGAGAAGCGGUUCCGCGCGGCAGCGCACCCGCUGACCCUGCGCCUCUACUGGCUGGCGGCGCCCGCGCUGACGGCGCUCCUCGCCGGCACCUCCGUCGCGCGCCUCGCGUCGGGCGCGGCUAGGCUCCCGGACGACGCGCUGGCCAUCGCGGCGCUGGUCCUGUCCCUUCCCCUCCCGCUCCUCUCCAUCCUCGGGUCCACGGGCGUCGUAGCCGUGGCGGCGGUCAGCGACGACGCCACCGGGGCCGCGGCGGCGGACGAGGAGACCACCACCACCACCACCGACAGCAACAGCAAGGCGAACGUGACCCCGUACGCGACGGCGUCGUGGGCGUCGCGCGCGACGUGGGCGUGGAUGAACCCGCUGGUGCAGCGCGGGUACCGGUCGGCGCUGGAGCUGUCGGACGUGCCGACGCUGGCGCCGUCCCACCGGCCCGAGCGCAUGCACGAGCUCUUCACCCUGCACUGGCCGUCGUCGUGGGCGUCCAAGGACAACAACCCGGUCCGGCACACGCUGUUCCGCACCUUCUGGGCGCAGUUCCUGCUGAACGCGUCGCUGGCGCUGCUCCGCCUCACCGUCAUGUACGUGGGGCCGACGCUGAUCCAGAGCUUCGUGGACUUCACGUCGGCGGGUGCCGGGCAGCGGCCGCUCGGGGAGGGCGCGCGGCUGGUGGCGACGCUGCUGGCGGCCAAGUGCGCGGAGGCGCUGUGCAGCCACCAGUACAACUUCCACUGCCAGAAGCUGGGGAUGCAGAUCCGGGGCGCCCUCAUCGUGGCGCUCUACCGCAAGGGGCUCCGCCUCUCGUGCUCCGCGCGCCAGAAGCACGGCCUCGGCAUGAUCGUCAACUACAUGGCCGUCGACGCGCAGCAGCUGUCCGACAUGAUGCUGCAGAUCCACUACCUCUGGCUCAUGCCGCUCCAGGUUGGCGUUGCGCUGGGCCUGCUGUACACGUACCUCGGGCCUCCGGUGACGUCGGCUCUGAUCGGCGUCGCGGGCGUGAUGGUGUUCGUGCUCCUGGGCACCCGGCGCAACAACCGGUACCAGUUCUCGCUGAUGAAGGAGCGCGACCAGCGGAUGAAGGCGACGAACGAGAUGCUCAACUACAUGCGCGUCAUCAAGUUCCAGGCGUGGGAGGAGCACUUCAACGCGCGCAUCGGCCGCUUCCGCCACCGCGAGUUCGGCUGGCUCUCCCGCUUCAUGUACUCCAUCUCGGGCAACAUCAUCGCGCUCUGGAGCGCCCCCGUCGUCGUCUCCGCGCUCGUCUUCGCCACCUGCGUGCUCACCGGCGGGGUGCGCCUCGACGCUGGCCUCGUCUUCACCGCAACGUCCUUCUUCAAGAUCCUGCAGGAGCCCAUGCGGAACUUCCCGCAGGCGAUGAUCCAGGCGUCGCAGGCGAUGAUCUCGCUGCAGCGACUUGACUCGUACAUGACUAGCGCGGAGCUUGACGAGGGCGCCGUGGAGAGGGAGCCCGCCGCGGCGUCCGGCUGCGACGGCGGCAUGGCCGUGCAGGUGAAGGACGGCGUGUUCGCGUGGGACGACGAGGUGGACGCCGGGCAGGAGGUGCUGCGCGGCAUCGACCUGGACAUCCGGACGGGCGCGCUGGCGGCAGUGGUGGGCAUGGUUGGCUCCGGCAAGUCGUCGUUGCUCGGCUGCAUCCUCGGCGAGAUGCGCAAGUUCUCCGGCAAGGUAAAGGUUUGCGGCAGCACGGCAUAUGUGGCACAGACGGCAUGGAUCCAGAACGGCACCAUUGAGGAAAACAUCCUGUUUGGGAAGCCCAUGCACCGGGAGAGGUAUAAGGAGGUCAUCAGGGUGUGCUGCCUGGAGAAGGACCUCGAGAUGAUGGAAUUCGGCGACCAAACGGAGAUCGGGGAGCGUGGCAUCAACCUUAGCGGCGGGCAGAAGCAACGCAUACAGCUCGCACGUGCCGUUUACCAGGACUGCGAUAUAUACCUCCUCGACGAUGUAUUCAGUGCGGUCGAUGCGCACACGGGCACUGAGAUCUUCAAGGAAUGUGUUAGAGGUGCUCUGAAGAACAAGACCAUAGUGCUCGUGACACACCAAGUUGAUUUCUUGCACAAUGCUGAUAUCAUAUAUGUGAUGAAGGACGGAAUGAUCGUACAAUCCGGCAAGUACAAUGAGCUCCUCCAGGCCGGCACCGACUUCGCGGCACUGGUCGCAGCGCACGACAGCUCCAUGGAGCUCGUGGAGAGCGCGGCGCCGGCGAGCGAGCGCGAGCUGCCCCUCUCCCGGCAGCCGUCGAACAAGACCGCUGCGGGCAGGGCGUCCAACGGCGACUCGUCCUCGUCCUCCAUCGUGGCGCCCAAGGCCGAGAAGGCGUCGGCGCGGCUGAUCAAGGACGAGGAGCGCGCUAGCGGGCACGUCAGCUUCACCGUGUACAAGCAGUACAUGACGGAGGCCUGGGGGUGGUGGGGGCCGCUUGUGGUGGUGGCUGUCUCCGUGGUGUGGCAGGGCUCUCUGAUGGCCAGCGACUACUGGCUCGCCGACCAGACCUCCGAGGAGAACGCAACCUCGUUCCAGCCGUCGCUGUUCAUCAACGUGUACGCCAUCAUCGCCGCCGUCUCGGUGGUGCUCGUCGCGGCUCGCUCCUUCCUCGUGGCCAUCAUUGGCCUCCAGACGGCGGACCGGUUCUUCAAGCAGAUCCUCAACAGCAUCCUGCACGCGCCCAUGUCCUUCUUCGACACCACGCCAUCAGGCAGGAUCCUCAGCAGGGCGUCGUCAGAUCAGACGAACGUUGAUCUCUUCCUGCCGUUCUUCGUCUGGAUGAGCGUGUCCAUGUACAUCACCGUGAUCAGUGUGCUUAUCGUCACGUGUCAAGUGGCGUGGCCGUCCGUCAUCGCCAUCAUCCCUCUGGUGAUACUGAACAUCUGGUGUUUCAGGAAGGAGGACAGCUUCUUGCAGGAGAACCUGAACCGGGUGAACUCAAGCCUGAGGAUGGACUUCCACAACAAUGGUGCCAACGAGUGGCUUGGUUUCCGGCUCGAGCUCAUUGGAAGCUUUGUUCUCUGCUUCACAGCUGUUCUCAUGGUCACAUUGCCAAGCAGCAUCGUCAAGUCAGAAUAUGUUGGUCUAUCACUAUCAUAUGGUCUAUCUCUCAACCAGGUGUUGUUCUGGGCCAUCUGGAUCAGUUGCUUCAUUGAAAACAAGAUGGUCUCAGUUGAGAGGAUAAAGCAAUUCACAAAUAUUCCUUCAGAGGCCGCAUGGAGGAUCAAGGACUGCCUACCAGAUUCUAACUGGCCAACAAAAGGUGACAUCGAUGUCAUUGAUCUUAAGUUUAGGUAUAGGCACAACACUCCUCUAGUGUUGAAGGGCAUCACGAUAAGCAUACAUGGAGGAGAGAAGAUUGGAGUUGUCGGUAGAACUGGUAGUGGGAAAUCAACACUGAUCCAGGCAUUGUUCAGAAUAGUGGAGCCUUCUGAGGGGAGAAUAAUCAUCGACGGUGUUGACAUCUGCACUUUAGGACUCCAUGACCUUAGGUCACGGUUUGGUAUCAUCCCUCAGGAACCUGUUCUCUUUGAAGGGACCAUUAGGAGCAAUAUUGAUCCACUUGAGCAGUAUUCUGAUGAUGAAAUCUGGCAGGCUUUGGACCGUUGUCAGUUGAAAGAAGCCGUGGCUUCAAAACCGAAAAGCUUGAUGCUUCAGCUAUAUACUGACAAUGAACAUAAUUUGUCUUUUGUCCACCUAGUUGUCGACAAUGGUGAGAACUGGAGUGUUGGACAACGGCAACUGCUAUGCCUUGGCCGGGUGAUGCUAAAGCGCAGCAGAAUACUGUUCAUGGACGAGGCCACUGCAUCCGUUGAUUCCCAGACCGAUGCUGUGAUUCAGAAGAUCAUCCGGGAAGACUUUGCAGCUUGUACCAUUAUCAGCAUUGCGCACAGAAUACCAACGGUGAUGGACUGCGACAGGGUCCUGGUUAUAGAUGCAGGACUAGCGAAGGAGUUUGACCGGCCUGCAAAUCUGAUCGAGAGGCCAUCUCUCUUUGGAGCAUUGGUUCAAGAGUACGCGAACCGUUCGUCUGACGUUUAG